AUGCAGAUUCACACUGCAAAGUGGACGAUAGAGAGGAUUGAGCACCAGGAGCUGAUCACAGUAGCUAGACUAGAUAACCUCCUAAGUAGCAAUGCGCUGUUCAUAUUGGCAUACUUCGGACUAACUAAUAACUUCCUGCAGAAUGAGUUGACUGGGUAUAUUAAAUAUAGCAUUCCUAUAGCGUUAAUUGUCAUCAUCGGUGUCUCUCUAUUCAACGCCGUCGUCAUAUCCAUCACAACAUACUUCACCAGGAAAAGAACCAAUCAGUGUUUGCGCAGGCUUGAGAUUCCGACGCCUCCAGAGCCCUUAACGAUAUUCUUGGCAACCAUGUCCAUCCGUUCAGUCGUCAUUCCCAUCUGUCUAGGCCUUAUCUGGGACUUUAUCUUGCUAGAUUUCCAUGGCGGGAAGGUAUAUUAUAUUAUUACCUUCACAAUGAUCACAUAUGGUGCAGCCGGACUGCUUGGCGUAGCAUAUGCAGCAGCAAUACUCAAAAGCAACGAAACAUAA